UGAAUGAAGUGAAUUUGCGAAGACGCAACAGGCAAAUUGUGCGCAGGUGGUGGAUGCGACCAAUUUUUUCCGGCGGCAAGAAGAUGGCAACCGCUUGCUGGAUAAUAUUGUCGCAGAACAAGCCAACGAAACCGUCGUUAACUUUCUUCGAAUGAAGAAGGAAGAUUUUGAUGUUUUGCUGCAAGCUAUAAGGCCGGCAAUAAGUCGCAUGAACACCAAUAUGCGCGACUCCAUCACAGCCCAAGAAAGGUUGCUAAUUACGUUGCGGUAUUUAGCAACUGGAGAAACCUUCAGUAGUUUGCAAUAUUUGUUUCGAGUGUCUCGUUCCUCCAUAAGCAACAUAGUAAAGAAGACGUGUGUCUGCCUUACAAAAACUCUACGAUCAUAUGUGAAGUUACCAUCCACUAAUGAACAAUGGCUGGAAGUAUCAAAAAGGUUUGAGCAGCGUUGGAACUUUCCCCAUGCCAUUGCAGCGAUAGACGGGAAACAUAUUAACACCCGCGCUCCUGCACACAGCGGAUCCAAUUACUAUAACUACAAAAACUUUUAUAGUAUUGUGCUUCUGCUGAUCGAUUGA